AUGGUGAAAGAGAGCGGACUGUACGACUUGUUGGGCGUCCGACCCGACUGUAGCGAACCGGAGCUCAGGAAAGCCUACAAAACGCUGGCCCUGCGCUACCACCCGGACCGCAACCCCGACCCCUCCGAGUCGGACCAAUUCAAGCACAUGAGCCGCGCCUACGAAGUGCUGUCCAAUCCGGACAAACGGCAGGCAUAUGACACGGGCGGCGAGGAGGCCCUCAAUGGCGCCGGCGGUCAGCCCACGGAUCCCAUGGAUCUGUUUCGACACAUGUUUGGCACCACCGCUGAGACCACGGAUCGGAUCAUUCAGCUGAAGGUGACGCUGGAGGAGCUGUACAACCGCUCCGUACGUCGCCUGCGCUACAAACGCAACGCCCGGUGCCUCGCGUGCGACGGAAAGGGAUGCCGAGACGGACGGGCGGAUCAACCGUGCCGUAAGUGCGCCGGCAGUGGCAUCCAGCAGCUGAUCCCCGGUAUGUUCCGCGAGUGUAUGGACUGCAAGGGUGAGGGCCGCCGGUUGGCACCGGGCGACGAGUGCCAGGCCUGCGCCGGGCGCCAGAUAUUUAGCGAACGGCGCGUUAUCGACGUACACGUCGAUAGAGGUAUGGCCGACGAGCAAAAGAUAACGGUGCGAGAGGCGGGCGAUUGGGACACGAGCACCGGGAGGUACGCCGAUCUGGUGGUGGCGCUGGACCAACAGCAGCACCCGGUGUUCAGGAGGUGUAGGCGCGACGAUCUCGGCGUUACUCUGGAGCUGACCCUUACGGAGGCGUUGUGUGGGUUCCGGAAAGCCAUCAAAACGCUGGACAAUAGGACACUGGUGUUGGACUCGAGUAGGUUGGCCGGGCAGGUGAUUAAGCACGGGUCGAUCAAGUGUGUGCCCGGCGAGGGUAUGCCUCGGUUUAAGGACCCAUUCGAAAAGGGACGCCUACUCGUCAAGUUUGACGUGAAGUUCCCGGACAGCCUGUCCGCUGAGCAGAUACAGGAGCUGAGGGCUACACUCCCGCCCCCGCCAGCGAUGGAGACUAACGGCGCCGUCGAUGUGGAAGAAGCGACUCUCGAAGACCUGAGAGUCGAACCGGAAAGGGAUGAACAGUAUGUCAGAUGUGAUCACAACUCGGAUGAUGACGAGCAGCAAGUGAGGGGUGGUAUGAGUUGUGUACCUCAAUAG